ACUCAUUGAAUUUUUUCGUGACCGUAUUACUAUCCGGGGUAAAAUACUCCGCUUAGUCACUUAAUACAACUACAGUAUAUUUCUCCGGUUUAAGGUAUUUUAAAAGCUUGACUUGAAUAUUUUAAGAUUAAUUUUAACUCAGUCGGCACUCACUGUUUUGAAAUGAAACGGUUUUUGUUUUCAUUUUAUCUGUUAAUAUUAUUAUGUAACGGAGAAAUGCUACAGUCUGAAGAGGAAGUUAAGGAAUUUCUUAAAUACUACAAUUAUUUGAAAGAAAAAAAUACGAAUUCUCCCGAUGUUCACGAUAUUAUUCUUUCGGAGCACGAUUCCUAUCAAGAGGCUCUAAAAUUAUUUCAAAGACGCUUCAAUUUGAGAGAAACAGGGAAUUUAAAUCCUGAAACGCUUGAAGCUAUCAAUUCACCCCGAUGUGGAUUUCCUGAUUACAAGGAUACACCCCUUAGUAGUAAAAAGCCAAAUUCUUUUACUCUUAAUGACGAGAAAUGGAACCAACCAAAACUAUCCUAUAAAGUUGUAAAAUACUCUAACAAAAUAGAUAAAACUCUAAUCGAUUACAACUUGGAUAAAGCGUUUCAAAUGUGGGGUGAGAGGAUUUCCCUGGUUUUUGAACAUUGUAAGGAUUGUGAUAAAAUUGACAUAGAAAUAAAAUUUGUUAAUAGAUCCCAUGGGGAUCAAAAUCCUUUCGAUGGUCCAGGCAAAGUGUUGGCUCAUGCUUUUUCUCCAGAAAAUGGUGAUGUUCAUUUUGAUGACGAAGAAGAGUGGACUUUUACAGGAAUAGAGGGAGUAAACUUUUUUCAAGCAGCUCUUCACGAAAUUGGACAUUCGUUGGGUCUGCUUCAUUCUGAAAAUAAUGCUGCUGUCAUGGCCCCCAAGUACAGUGGAUACAUAAAGGAUUACACCCUGCAUGAUGACGAUAUAAAAGGUAUUCAAGCACUAUACCCAAGAGAUAGCAAGCCAGGAGAUUUAGACCCUAACAUAUGUGACGAAAAUUUUUUGAUAAGCGCCACAACAUCAACUCACGACGGCCACAGGUUCUUUUUUAGUGGCAAAUGGGUUGUAAUAAUCUUUAAUAAUGCUUCAAUUAAAAUCGAAAAAAUCAAAUACAUUUUCAAAGGAUUUGAAGGAGAUCGUGUGGAUGCUGCUGUGUAUUUUAAUGAGAAACAGUAUCCAUAUAAUCAGAGGACAAGAUUAAUGGUUCUGUUUUCCAAGAAUAAAGUACAUAAGUUUGAACGUGACUUAGGAUUUGAUUUCUAUGAGGCAUCGAACUAUCCUAAGAAAACGUCACAAGAUUUUUCAAUAGUUACUAAUAGGGCCGGAGUAGAAGAAUUUGAUGCAGUAAUGGCUAUCAACAAAACUCUUUUAUUUUUUCGUGAUAGCUAUUUUUGGGAAGUUUCUGAUGAGCAAGUGUCUGGAAGAAAACAUAUAAAAGAUGUUUGGAAAGGUGUUCCAUAUCCUAUUAGUUCUGCUUUGAAUUAUGAAUAUAAAGGAAAUUAUUAUUUUUAUUUUUUUAAGAAGCACAGUUAUGUUCGGUUCAACACAAAAACUGGCUCAGUGCAUAAGGAUAAUGCAAAUCCUUAUCCAAGAAAUAGUCAAAAGCUGUGGUUCUCUUGUGAAAAAGUUGUAACUCUAGAAGAGAAAGCGAACACUGCUAGUUGUAUUUUUACAUAUUCUGUUGGCCAUUUUUAUUCAUUGUUGGCAGUUUUUUAUUUAUUUUAUUCAUUUAUUAUGCCAAGAUAG